AUGGCGCUCUAUGAGCUCUACGCGCAUCCAGUGGAGCGGGGCUACCGUGCCGGGCUCUGCUCCAAGGCGGCGCUCUUCCUGAUGUUGGCCGCCGCGCUCACGUACAUCCCGCCGCUGCUGGUGGCCUUCCGGAGCCACGGGUUUUGGCUAAAACGGAGCAGUUACGAGGAGCAGCCAACCGUGCGCUUCCAGCACCAGGUGCUGCUCGUGGCCUUGCUAGGAUCCGAGCCGGGCGGGUUUCUCGCCUGGAGCACGUUCCCCGCCUUCAACCGGCUGCAGGAGGGUCAUCUGCGCGUCCCGCUUGUCUCGGCUAGAGAAGAAGACAGGAACCAGGAUGGGAAAAUGGACAUGUUGCACUUUAAACUGGAGCUUCCCCUGCAGUCCACAGAGCAGGUUCUAGGUGUGCAGCUCGUUCUGACUUUCUCCUACCAACUGCAUAGGAUGUCUACAUUCGUGAUGCAGAGCAUGGCGUUUCUCCAAUUUUCCUUCGCUGUUCCGGGGUCCCAGUUACAUGUGAAUGGAGACCUGAGGCUGCAGCAGAAGCAGCCCCUCGGCUACAGAGGCCUGGACGUCCGGUACAACGUGUCUGUCAUCAACGGGACCAGUCCGUUUGCCAGUGACUACGACCUCACCCGCAUUGUUGCUGCCUAUCAGGAAAGGAACGUAACCACCAUCCUGACUGACCCCAGCCCCAUCUGGCUGGUGGGAAGGGCUGCAGAAGCUCCAUUUGUGGUUAAUGCAGUCAUCCGAUACCCUGUGGAAGUCAUUUCUUAUCUACCAGGAUUCUGGGAAAUGAUAAAGUUUGCCUGGAUCCAGUAUGUCAGUAUCCUACUUAUCUUCCUGUGGGCGUUUGAAAGAAUCAAAAGAUUUGUGUUCCAAAAUCAGGUGGUGACCACAAUCCCUGUAACAGCUGUGCCCCAGGGAGAACUGUAUAAGGAGCAUUUAUCAUAAGAAGACCCUUCUGAAAACUCUAAGCAAGACCGUGGCCACCCCUCUGUUGUCUUCUGAGAACUGCCGUCUUGCAAAAUUUCUGAAGAGUCGGUGGCUGCUUGCCCCCAUGUGUGCU